UCCCUAAACGUAUUGUAGGAAGUUCAGCAAGAAAUCUAUCUGAAGAAGGCUACUAUGUAUCAGAUGAAGAAGAAGAAGAAUUAAUCAUGGAUAAAUAAAAUGUUAUUCGACCUCAUGGUCCUUCUCGAGGAAAGGAAUCUCACAAUGAUUAACCAAAACCAAGAAUCUGAAGCUUCUCUUGAAGAAACCAGGAACAAGCUUAAAAAUGAAAUUAAUAAAAGACAGGCAGAGGUUGAUAAAUAUAGAGAGAAUAUGGACUUCUUAGACAACCAAAGCAAAGCAAUGUCUGUAGUUGAUGCUUCCACCAUUGUUACGUACAAACCCCCAGGAGUAAAUGAUUACAAAUAAAGAUUCCAGAGACAAACUUGGAAUUGAUAAAGUUGAAGACCUCGUUAACGAAAUAUUUGAUUCAAUUGUGCCAAAGCACAUUGCCACCAAAGAAAUGGACAUGUUAACUAAGCUUCAAAAGAUUGAAGGUGCAACCCAAGAGCUACUUGAUAUGAGGUCUAACCUAAUGAAAUAUGGAGACCUCAACCUCUUGAAUGAUAUCAGAGAGCUCGAGAAUCUCUUAGAUAGAAACCGUAAGCAGUCUGGUAUUAAGAAGAGAAUGGAAGAAGAAAAGCAGGACAAAAUCAAGAAACAACUCAAAAGUCAACAAAGAGCUGAAAAGACCCAAGCAAACGAAUUCAAAGGAAGAAAGCCCCAAUACAGAGCUUCCAAACCCAAACUCUCAAACGGGAAGAAAGGAAAAAUACACUACAGUGAAAAAGAAGCUGACCUCAUGAGAUACGUCUACGGCUAAAAUUUCCCUUAUCUUCAA